CUCCCCCAGGGUUUGGGCACGUCCCGGUCUCGCUCCGUCCCGCCGCUCCCGGGGCCCGGACUUGAAGGAACGGCGGGCGGUGAGCGGGGCCCGGGUGCGCAGGGACGUGAGCGCUGACGGUCCGCCGGCGUCGGCCGCGGAGUUCCCCGGCGGGGUCGGCGCGCGGGCGGGGACGGGGUCCGAGCGCCCCGGGCGCGGCAGGCGCGCCAGGAGGUCCGGCCGCGAGCGUGACCUCACGGGGAGGGGCCAGCGCGGCGGCCCCGGGCGCGGAGCCGAGCGCAGAGAGCUCAGCGCCGCAGCCGAGCAGCGAGGAGCUCACGCCGUGGCCCCGAUGGAGCGGUACAAAGCCCUAGAGCAGCUGCUGACAGAGCUGGACGACUUCCUCAAGAUUCUCGACCAGGAGAACCUGAGCAGCACAGCCGAGGUGAAGAAGAGUGGCCUGGCCGAGCUCCUCCGGCUUUACACCAAGAGCAGCAGUUCGGAUGAGGAGUACAUUUAUAUGAACAAAGUGACGGUCCACAAGCAACAGAAUGCCGAUUCCCAAGACAAAGCACCCGAGGAGCAGAGCCCUCUGACCAACGGGGAGCCCAGCCAGCACUCCUCGGCCCCUCAGAAGAGUCUCCCGGACCUCCCGCCACCCAAAAUCAUUCCAGAACGGAAACAGCUCUCCAUCCCAAAGAUCGAGUCUCCGGAGGGUUACUAUGAAGAGGCUGAGCCGUAUGACACAUCCCUCAACGGUCAUCCUGGCGGAUUUCCUCCCACUGGAGUCCCCAGAUGGGUGCAGGUGCCUGAAGGAGUCAUUUACGCCACGAUCACCUUGGAGGAUGGAGAGGCCGUGAGCAGCUCCUACGAGUCCUACGAUGAAGAGGAGAGCAACAAGGGCAAGUCGGCCCCCUACCAGUGGCCCUCCCCCGAGGCCAGCAUCGAGCUGAUGCGGGACGCCCGCAUCUGCGCCUUCCUGUGGCGCAAGAAGUGGCUGGGGCAGUGGGCCAAGCAGCUCUGCGUCGUCAAGGACACCAGACUUCUGUGCUACAAAUCCUCCAAGGACCACAGCCCUCAGCUGGACGUGAACUUGCUGGGCAGCAGCGUCAUCCACAAGGAGAAGCAAGUGCGGAAGAAGGAGCACAAGCUGAAGAUCACACCGCUGAACGCGGACGUGAUCGUGCUGGGCCUGCAGAGCAAGGACCAGGCCGAGCAGUGGCUCAGGGUCAUCCAGGAGGUGAGCGGCCUGCCUUCAGAAGGAGCCUCUGAGGGAAACCAGUACACCCCAGAUGCCCAACGCCUGAACUGCCAGAAACCAGAUAUAACUGAGAAGUACCUGUCAGCCUCGGAGUAUGGAAGCUCCAUAGAUGGCCACCCUGAGGUUCCAGAGACCAAAGAUGUCAAGAAGAAAUGUUCUGCUGGCCUCAAACUGAGCAACCUAAUGAACCUGGGCAGGAAGAAAUCUACCUCACUGGAGCCCCAGGAGAGGUCCCUCGAGACAGCCAGUUACCUGAAUGUGCUGGUGAACAGCCAGUGGAAGUCGCGCUGGUGCUCCGUCAGGGACAGUCACCUGCACUUCUAUCAGGACCGGAACCGGAGCAAGAUGGCCCAGCAGCCCCUCAGCCUGGUGGGCUGUGAGGUGGUCCCAGACCCGAGCCCGGACCACCUCUACUCCUUCCGCAUCCUCCACAACGGCGAGGAGCUGGCCAAGCUAGAGGCCAAGUCUUCCGAGGAAAUGGGCCACUGGCUAGGCCUCCUGCUCUCCGAGUCAGGCUCCAAGACAGACCCAGAAGAAUUCACCUAUGACUACGUGGAUGCCGACAGGGUUUCCUGUAUUGUGAGCGCAGCCAAAAACUCUCUGCUACUGAUGCAGAGAAAGUUCUCAGAGCCGAACACUUACAUCGAUGGCCUGCCCAGCCAGGAUCGCCAGGAGAUGCUGUAUGACGACGUGGAGAUGUCGGAGCUGUCAGCUGUGGUGGAACCCGUUGAGGAAGCUGCCCCUGCAAUAGACACUCCCGGUGAGAGCGAGCCCGACCGAGUGUACUUGGACCUGACGCCCGUCAAGUCGUUCCUACACAGCUCUGGGAGUCCACAGGCCCUGGCCCCCUCCCCAACACUGCCCCACCUGGACCCUCCAGCCGAGGCCCUCCCUGCAGACCCAGGCCCAGGCCCAACCCCAGAUGAGCCCCUCGUAAAGUCUCCAGAGCCCCCCGAGUUGCAGCAGAUGCAGCAGGAGACUCCGGAGCCUGAGGAGCCUUCACUGAGAAUCACGACGGUCAAAAUCCAGACUGAACAGCAGAAAAUCUCCUUCCCACCGAGCUGCCCCGACGCUGUGUCUGUCACCCCAGCCGGAGCCAGCCCACCUGUGAAGGACAAGUUGAGGGUGACCACUGCAGAGAUCAAACUUGGCAAGAACAGGACAGAAGCUGAGGUGAAGCGGUACACAGAGGAGAAGGAGAGGCUUGAGAAGAAGAAGGAAGAAAUUCGGGGGCACCUGGCUCAGCUCCGGAAAGAGAAACGGGAACUGAAAGAGACUCUGUUAAAAUGUACAGACAAGGGGAUCCUGGCCAGCCUGGAGCAGAAGCUGAAGGAAAUUGACGAGGAGUGCAGGAUCGAAGAGAGCAGGCGUGUGGACCUCGAGCUCAACAUCGUGGAGGUGAAGGACAACCUGAAGAAGGCCGAGGCUGGGCCCGUGACGCUGGGCACCACGGUGGACACCACCCACCUGGAGAACGUGAGCCCCCGACCCAAAGCUGCCACCCCCACCCCUGCCCCAGACUGUACCCCAAUCAACUCUGCAACAGCGCUCAAGAACAGGCCUCUUUCGGUCAUGGUCACAGGCAAAGGCACCGUCCUCCAGAAAGCCAAGGAAUGGGAGAAGAAAGGAGCAAGUUAGGAAACAAGCUUCAUCUAAAGACUCUCCUGUCAAAAUGGACCUUGGAGACAAUCCUACUUUGUUCAAGUCUUCAUUAAAGCAGCAACUCUGUGAAAGGGUGAGUCUGUUUAGAAGAAAAGUCAUGACUGGGGUACUAUGAAUGGAGUGCUUCGGCUAAGAAGAGGCUCUGUCCCUUUUCAGAGCCAAAGGAAAUAAAACAACAAAAAAUGGCUUCUAUGGAGACCUAAGCUGAUUGGAUAUAAACGAGACAUUGCUGUAUUUAGGGGUAUUCUGUGUUUCUUCUUUGAAGGUUUUCAUCAGUUUCUUUAUCAAGCUUUUUAAGUAGUGAAAAGCUUCUGAUGUUGAGACUUUGGCGGAAGAGAAAUCGAGGUAGCAGGGCCCUGUCCCACGGGUCACAUGGCUUUGGUCACCAAGAAGACCUAAACUCCUGACAUCUCUCAGCAGUGUUGGGGGUUAAACUCUCCUUGCCUUCAAGUUUCUUCUCUCCAAUAUUAGCAGGCCCAACUCAGUCUUCCAUGACUUUAAACAGCAUUAAUGCCAUCUAUGAUAUGCUUUUUGAGAAAUGGUAACAGGGAAAAAUAUUUGGGACCAAGCUGAGGCACUGUCUCCACUAAGUUAAGGACUUUCAGCCUAAAGCCGGCCUGAAUCAAUUGCUUUUAAAUAAAUUUUUAAGUGAUGCUGUAGUAUAUAGAAAAAAUUGUUUAAAAUCCUGUAAUUUAGAACAGUGAAAAAUGUCUUUUGAGAUUUAACUGACUUUUUAUGUUACCACAGAAAAAACGAUUAUCCCGUGUUUACAGAUUCAGUCCUGUGGCCAUUUUUAACGGAAGAGUUAUUUAAUAGAAUGCUCUCUUAGUCUCUGUUUUUUAAAGUGUGCUUAACGUCCAGGCCCCUUCCAACAAAAAAGAGGUGAAUUUUGUUUCAGGUGGUCUCUUCCUUCUCUUAAAAUUGGUAGUGCCAUUCUUUGUGCUGCCCCUGUCUUCUCUUCUGAUGGCAUUGUUUUUUAACACAGGUUGAAACAUUUCAUCUGUCAUCUCUGCCUCAUUUCUGGGGGUUCUGAAUCAGAGUUCUCUAACACUGGUUCCUGAGAACUAAAGGUCUUUUGAUUCUUAUUGUCUUUCUAAUCCCAGGGCAUUUAUUUCUUUGUCAUAAACACUUGGUGUCCCUUUACCAAGUGGUGAGUUAGAUUUUUUUUUAAUAAAAUAUUAAUUGUA